GCUGGUCUGUACUGGUCCCUGCUGGUCUAAAGUGAUCCCUGCUGGUCUGUACUGAUCCCUGCUGGUCUAAAGUGAUCCCUGCUGGUCUGUACUGGUCCCUGCUGGUCCCUGCUGGUCUAAAGUGAUCCCUGCUGGUCUCUGCUGGUCUCUGCUGGUCCCUGCUGGUCUCUGUCGGUCUGAUGCCUGGGUUUCAGUCGGCAGGAUUUCAGGACGAGGAGGAGGAGGACAUGGUCCCGGCUCCGAGGGUCCUGGUUACCGGGGCGACGGGCCUGCUGGGCCGGGCGGUGCUGAGGGAGUUCCAGAGGGCCGGCUGGUCGGCCACGGGGACGGGCUACAGGAGGGCCCGGCCCCGCCUCCUCCGCUGCGACCUGACGGACGAGGACGCCGUGAGAGGACUGAUCCAGGAGUUCAAGCCUGACGUCAUUGUCCACUGUGCAGCUGAGAGACGUCCAGAUGUGGUGGAGCGACACACCGACGCAGCCGUGAACCUGAACGUUCAUGCAACCAGCACACUGGCCAAGGAGGCGGCGCUGUGCGGAUGUCUCUUCAUCUACAUCAGCACCGACUACGUGUUUGACGGGAGGAAUCCUCCGUACGGAGAAGACGACGCUCCCAACCCUCUGAACGUUUAUGGGCGGAGCAAACUGGAAGGAGAGCGAGAGACUCUGAGACACUGUCCAGGCGCGGUGGUGCUGCGGGUGCCGGUGCUGUUCGGGGAGGUGGAGUUUGUGGCGGAGAGCGCCGUGACGUCUCUGUGGCUGAAGGUGGAGUCCUCAGAGGACACCUGCACCCUGGACCACGUCCUGCAGAGGUUUCCCACCGACGUGCGAGACGUGGCCGCCGUCUGCCGCAAGCUGUCCCAGAGAGCCAGACAGGACCCGUCCAUCAGAGGAAUAUUUCAUUUCUCUGCGAAGGAGCAGAUGACGAAGUACGAGAUGGGCGUGGCCAUGGCUCAGGCCUUCCACCUGCCGUCUCACCACCUCCUGCCGCUGACCGAGCUGCCGGCGGCGUCCGCCCCUCGACCAAUCAACAGCCAGCUGAACUGCUCCCGCCUGGAGCUGCUGGACCUCGGAGUCGAACCCAGAACCUUCUCCUCCGCCAUCGCCGACUGUCUCUGGCCCUUCACCGCCGACAAGCGCUGGAGACAGACCGUCUUCCACUGAGAGACGGACGAACUGAGACACACACACUGAGAGACGGAUGAAGAGGCUGAGACAGACGGGAGCAGACUGACAGACGAAGAAAGAGAAAUGAAGACACAUUGAUGGACAAACAGAGAGACAGACAGACAGACACAGGGACAGAGAGAGAGAGACAGAGACAGACAGGUUGACAGAUGCAGGGACAGACAUCGGGACAGACACAGGGACAGACAGUGGGACACGGUGUGUUUGUGAAUGUUUGGUCGCGUUCGAAGCUUCUCUUGACUUUUGGAUUUUUCUUUCUGUUGAACUUGGAUAAACAUGUUGGACACAGA